UUAGAUCAUCAUACACCUCAAGUUCACGAGUCUUGACUUUUCUCCAACCAAAAGUCAUGCAAAUAUUUUUACACAAAAAGGUGCAACCAACCAAUAACACCAUAUAUAGUCCCAAUCCAUUGUUUCUUUCACUCAUCUCAUCAAACAAAAUUCUCAAAACCAAAAUGGGAAAAACCAAGUCCCUUUCCUUUUCAUUCUUAGCAAUAACAUGUGCUUUUGUGCUUCACUUUCAAUACAUAGUUCUUGCUCAAGAACAUGUGGCAUCUUCAGAAAGUGAAGCACUAGGCCUAACACCAGAAACUAAACGAGAAACACUAGAAAUCAUCAUCGGCGGAGGAGGAGGAGGCGCCUAUUCUCCCGCUCCUUCCCCGGAAAAUAACUGCCCUCCACCUCCACCUCCGCCGUGUCCCCCCACCCGAUUAGAAAAAGCUCGUGCCGCACUUCUCAAAUUCAAAUCACUUAUCAAUGACCCCAAAGGGUACACUAAUAACUGGAACAAUAAUACAGAAACUUGCAACUUCAGGGGAAUCCUUUGUGGAACAUUCCCAGUAGAUAACCAACAAGCAGUUGCUGGAUUAGACUUCAACCAAGCAAAAUUCUCAAGCAAAGACUGUACCAAUAUACCACUCACAGGCUUCACUGGUAUAUUAGACAAACUAGAAGAAUUAACAUUCUUCCAUGUCAAUUCUAACAAUUUCUCAAACCAAAUCCCAGAAGCAAUCACUAAAUACCCUUUUUUCUACGAACUUGACCUCAGUAACAACAAACUUUCCGGCCCGUUUCCGAACGAAGUUCUUCUAUCUACAAAACUAGUUUUCCUAGACCUCAGGUUCAACUUCCUCACCGGGUCUGUUCCAUCGCAGUUAUUCGAGAAAGAUCUCGACGUAAUCUUCAUCAAUAACAACCAGUUUAGUCAAUGUUUACCUGCCAAUUUCGGUUCUACUCCUGCAAGGUAUCUAACUUUCGCACACAAUCAAUUCGUUGGCGAAAUUCCUAGAAGUAUCGGUAACGCUGCGAAAACUUUAACUGAAGUUCUUUUCUUACAGAAUAAAUUUGAAGGUUGUUUACCUUAUGAAAUAGGCUAUUUGAAAAAAGCUACUGUUUUUGAUGUUAGUGAAAAUCUGUUAACGGGUCCUAUUCCUGCUUCGUUUGGUUGUUUAGAGAAGAUUCAGUUUCUGAAUCUAGCACAUAACAAAUUCUACGGUACUGUUCCUGAGAGUGUUUGUGUUUUACCUGGGAUACGUAAUAAUGGGAAUUUGUCUCUGGCGGAUAAUUAUUUUACUGCUCUUGAACCAUCGUGUUGGAGUUUGUUGAAGUCGAAGAUAUUGGAUGUUAGUAGGAAUUGUAUUCCUGGACUUCCGAAUCAAAAAUCGAAGCAAGAGUGUUAUGCAUUUCAAUGUAAGGUGAAACCUUGUUCGAAUCCGCCGAGUCUGAAAUACGUGCCUUGUAAAACACAUUGGGGGCAGAAACAGAAACAGAACACUGCCUCGGAAAUGGCUACUGAGCCUGUUACUUAUAAGUCUCUCAAACCACAUCGGUUGAGAAUGUGAGUGUUCGCCAUGUAGCGAAACACUACAGAUCAAAGGUGUGUCAAGUGUUAUCGACACAGACACAUCAAUUUCUUGUGCUUAUGAAUUAUCAUUACUAUUGUCUAUGUCUUAUUGUCAAUAUUUUAUAUGUAAAAUAUGUGUCGGUGUUAUUAGUUCAUAAGGUGCUAGUGCCAUGGUUUGUUGAGCUUCAAAAUAAUGCUAAUUUGAAGAUAUUUAUUUUGAUUCUAUGGAACUAUUAUGUUAAUUGUGUGCUGUCUUGUUCAUGAAUAAAUAUUUGUUAUCCCAA